ACUGUGGGCGGGUUGAACUUUCUGACAAGUGUCAUCUUUACACGUCCAUGCUGGGAUCUAAAAUGAUGCAAUUGAGUACAUAAAUACACGAUGCAUCGUAAUAGUGGCAGUCUACACAUGAAUUGUGUUGUUUUCUAACCUUAACUGUUAUCAUAUUCAUAUUGUAGCCAUCAAUACAGUAGUCUUAGCUAGCCUAUAGCAAGUAUGUUCAUCGGACGCCGGAGAAGAGGAAGUAAAUCCACCAUGCUGAAUGUGGCACUCAUGCUUUUCGUAUUGAGUUUUACAUUUUUUCAUGUGCUCAGCGAGAAAUCUCCCUCUGCUCUGACUGUUGUGGAGAGCCCUGAGAUCAGCCGGGAGGAUGCCAGCCAUGGGAACGAAGAGGCAGAUCCUGAGGAUCGGGAGGUUUUUCAUUCCACAGAUCAGUGGCAGACCCUCAAACCAGGUCAAGCUGUCUCAAGGGGCUCUCAUGUAAGGCUAAACCUCCAGACUGGUCUGAGGGAGGUCAAACUUGGGAGACAUCACAUUCUCAAAUACCAAGAAGAUGGCCAAAGACAGGAGAAAGAGAACCCACUGAGACCAUCAUUCAGCACUGAGGAGCUGAAGAAAGCACUGAAAAAUCUAAAAGAAGUGGAUAAUGAAACCAGUGACAAAGAAAAACAAGCCAAUGAGGCUCUGAAGGCCAAGUUUCGUCCCAUGGAGGAGCUGAAGAGAGACAUGGCCAAGCUGGACAUGCUAAUGGAGUCAGACUUUCAGAUUAUCAGCAGACUUGUGUCCCAAUUCAACAGCUCCAACGCCACAGUGGAAGAGAAGGUUAAAGCUCUGAAUGACCUAGAAUACCUUGUUCAUCAGGUGGACAAUGCACAGAACCUGGCGUCAAGGGGAGGCUUGAAACUUGUGGUUGAUGCUUUAAACAGCACAGACUAUCGUCUUGAAGAGAGUGCUGCUUUUGUCUUGGGGUCAGCUCUGUCCAGUAACCCGGUGGUGCAGAUAGAGGCAGUUGAAAGUGGUGCCCUACAGCAGCUGUUGACUUUACUUGCCACUCCAAGACCCAUGUCUGUUAAAAAGAAGGCGUUGUUUGCUGUGGCCUCUUUGCUACGUCACUUUCCUUUUGCCCAAAGCCACUUCCUUAAACUGGGUGGACUGCAGGUAUUGAGCGAUCUUUUCCGAGCUUCCGGGGGUGGAGCCCUCCGUGUUAGGAUUGUAACCAUCCUCUAUGACAUGAUCAAUGAAAAGGAGCUGAUAUCUCAGGCCGGGCUUGACCCUAUUCCAGAUGCUUCUCACAAUGAACGUUUGCGUCAGUAUGCGCAGGUCUCCCUCCAACCGGUGUUAGUAGAGCUGGGCUGGUGCGGCCUGGUGCCUGACCUGUUAACUUCCCCAGAGCAUGACUGGAGGGAGAAGGCCCUGAGAACACUCCUGGCCAUGAUGCCUUACUGUCAAACUCAGUAUCAACAGGACUAUGCCCUGUCUUCAUCCCUCAGCAGCCUCCAGGAACAGUACCAGGAGCUGGUGCUCACAGAGCAAGUCCUUGGUGAUGAAGAUGGAUACUUUGGGGAGAUCCUGGCCCUGUUGGAGACAUUGGUGCUGAAACUCAAGCGAGCAUAGGGCUGACUGAAAAAUCCUUUCAGUGGACAAUGUAAAAAAAAAAAAAAAAGUAUUGUAAUGCAUUUCUGUAGUAUUCUUAUUUUGAGGCUGUGUGAUAUGGUUUGCCAUGCUUCAUCAGCAAAUCACAAGGUUGCCUUUUAGGUGUUGCCUCAAUGAGAUAACGUUCCUGCAUCUGUGAUGCAUAAUGAUUUGGCUUGUAAGACCCUCUAGACCUAGCCUGGCUGACCGCCCAAAGUCCUCCUGACUUCCCACUGAAAAAGCUGUCCUGCACAAUGUCUCAAUGAAGGGGAUGUACAAUUUUAACUGAUUGGUUCUCCUGUGUCUUCCCUCACUCAAACACCCACAUGGAUGACCAUACAGCCCUAGAGCACUGCCCCUUCCAAACAACAAGAAGUCAACGAUGUUCAUGCUUCAUUAUUUUAUUUGCUUAUAGUAAUCAGCAGAUUACUGGUGUCCAUUGCUGGUGUCCAUUGGCACUCCGUGCUUUCAGCAAUGUUGGCUAGACGUGUUGAGACUCUCCUGUUAUGCCUCACACACUCCUCUGUGUUUGACCAGGACAUUCUUUUGUUUGAGCCUGUGAAAAGGUGUUCGGUAAACAACUUUAAAUGGAAGAUUCCAAUGUAGAAAUUUGAAUUCAAUGUACAGUGCUAAACCAAAUCAAGGAUUUUGGACUAUAAUAUUGAGUCUACCUCUCAAAUAGAAUGUAUUGUAAUGAUUGGAAAUAUGUGUCAACUAAUGAUAUCUAAGUUAUUUUUUUCUGUUUAUUAAAAUUAUGGUUGACGAGAGUAAAUGUAACUAAUAAAAUAAAUGUAAACAAAGUCUA